AUGGAUACAAAAUCGAAAGAGCGCACGGCCAUGAGGCGACAAUUCACGCGCACGGCCAACAAUUUCGAAAGUCUCACAACAAACAAAAAUAUAAAUAAGAACGAUAUUAUAGCAUCUUUUAAGCUACUAAAGUCAUAUUAUGAAAUGUUAAAAGUACUUGACAAUGAGGUUAGAACAUUUUUAUUUCAAGAACCCGAAAGGGAAGAUAGCCAAAAUUUAAUUGAUAGAGAGUAUGAGGAGGCCGGAAAAUAUGAGGCGAAGUGGGCCUUAUGCCAAACGAUUUUCGAAAACAUUAUUAAAAACAAUGGCAGUGAGGUAGUUGAAAAUAAGAAAAGCCACAAACUCCCAACGUUGGAGUUAACAAAAUUUGACGGCAAUAUAAAACAUUGGCUAGCUUUUUGGGGUUCAUUUAAGAAAAUACAUGAAAACGUAGAUAUCGAUAAUGUCGAUAAGUUACAAUAUUUAACUCAAGCAAUGCAAGCGGGAAGUGAUGUAAAAUCCUUUGUUAAUAGUUUCCCGUUGACUUCUUCAAGUUAUGAUUUAUGCAUUACAGACCUCAAAUCGAGGUAUGCUAAAGAGGAUUUACUUAUACAAGUAUAUGUAAGAGAGCUCUUGUCACUCAUUUUAAACAAAAAAGAAUUUAACCAAUUGUCGGAUUUAGUUGAUCAAUUGAAUGGUCAGUUGAGAGCACUUGAAGUCCUAGGAGUAACUAAAGAUAAAUAUGCAGCAUUUCUAUUACCAAUGGUGGAGUCGGCACUUCCAAGUGACACAUUAAUUAUAUGGGAAAGAACAAGAACUGAAAACGCUUCGGAAGAUCCGUUGAACUCAUUGCUACUCUUCUUAAAAAGAGAAAUUGAAAGUGAACAAAGAAUAUCAAUGGCUAAAAAGACAUUUAAUAAUCAACACGAAGCUAUUAAAACAGCUGGACCUACUGCAACCUGCCUUAUGAUUAAUGAAAAACAAAAACAAAAAGAAAAGAUACGUAGCUGCAUAUGGUGUGGAAAAAAUCAUACAAGCUUGGAGUGUUUCAAGUUGUCAAGUAUUACAAUUACAGAUAGAAGGGAAAUUUUAAAGAAGAAGAAAGCUUGUGUAUUAUGCUUAAAACCUGGCCAUCAUGCAAAAGUAUGCCGAUUUUAUAUUAAGUGUUAUGUAUGUGGACAAAAGCAUUCACCAGUAUUGUGCACAGCUGCAGCGGAACCUAAAUCUGUAAAAGAAACUACACUUCAGAACCUGUCACAAGAUAUGAAGACUGUUCAGCAGACCUUAUUACAAACUGUCGCAGUGAAGAUCUACAACGGGAACCGGAGCACCAUAGUGAGAGCCCUCUUUGACAGCGGAUCACAGCGGUCAUACAUCAAGAGUGAAGUCGCUGAACAAUUGGGAUUAACUGCAGUAAGAACUGAAGAAAUUAGCCACUCACUAUUUGGAGGUUUAUCCGUAUCUUUUAAAAAAUAUAAUGUUUAUGAUUUUGAAAUAGAGAGCUUAGACUCUGAGGUAAAAUUAAAAAUGUCUGCACUAGAGCAGUCUGUAAUUUGUAAAAAUGUACCUAAAGUCAAUGAGUCCCAUGACUUUGUUAAAAAAUUAUUAGAUAAACAUGGGAUACAUUUAACAGACAGAGAUUGUAUUAGCAAAGAUAUAGAGCUCUUAAUUGGAGCUGAUUUCUCGGGGCUGUUAAUAACUGAAUCAUUUGUUCAGCUCGAAAAUGGGCUAACAGCAAUAAAAACAAAGUUAGGCUGGACGUUACAAGGGAAAACAUGCUUAGUAGGUAGUAACAUUGUAACGUCUCUAUUUUGUUUACAAAAUAUUAAAGAUUUUUGGGAUCUAGAGGUAUUAGGCAUUAAUGACCCUACACAGGUGCAGUCUAAACAGCAGAAAGAAGAGGAGGUGAUGACAAGUUUCGAAGAAAACAUACAAGUGAACACCGAAGGACGAUAUGAAGUCCAUCUGCCAUGGAAGACGGGUCAUGAGGAUAUCCAGAGCAACGAGCAACUCGCCAUUCGCCGCCUAGAAUCUAUCACAAAGAAACUAACAGCAUCUGGUAAGUUUGAUGAUUAUAAUAAUGUCUUAGGUGAAUGGGAGCGUUCGGGUAUCAUCGAGGAAGUACCUGUUGAAGAAAAGAAUAAAGAAGGGGUUCACUACCUACCUCAUAGAGCUGUGAUGAAGGAGUCGAGUCUCACCACGAAGCUGAGACCUGUAUAUGACGCAUCUGCAAAGGAUCCGAAUGGUAUGUCAUUGAAUUCAUGUCUAAAUAAAGGAGUAAAUUUCCUAGAUAAGAUUCCCAAUCUAUUAACUGGAUUUCGUAAGGGUUACAUUGGUAUCACUGCUGACAUUGCCAAGGCAUUUCUGCAGAUAUCAGUGACACCACAAGAUCGCGAUUACCUGAGGUUUGUUUGGUGGAAAGAUAAUACAUGUGAGGAGAUUAAGGUGUAUAGACACUGUAGAGUAGUUUUCGGGUUGACAGCUAGUCCAUUUUUACUGUCAGCAACCAUAUCACAUCACCUUAAUCAAGUCACAGAACAAAAAGACACCGCAGAUAUCUUAGCUAGAUCAUUUUAUGUAGACAAUUUAGUAACUAGCUUAGAUUCAAUUGAACAAACACAGAAAUUUAUUCAAGAUGCUAAGAGGGUCAUGAAUAAAGGUAGAUUCGAUCUAAGACAGUGGGUCACAUCACCUUUAGAAAUAAAUGAGACUCAAAACACAGUGAUCUCGAUAUUAGGUCUUCAAUGGGACACUGAUACAGAUGAGCUCUAUUGUAACAUAAGUAAUUUACUACCGUUUCUCGAUAUAAGCAAAGUAUCAAAAAGAAACUUGUUAUCCUUAACACAGAAGAUAUUUGAUCCAAUCGGAUUCACAUGCCCAGUGACACUGGUUCCUAGGCUAAUCCUUCAAAAGACCUGGAACAUGAAAAUGACCUGGGAUGAACAGCUACCUGAAGAUAUACUAUCACAAUUUAAAGACUGGUAUGAUAAUGUGACUUAUCUUAAUAAUUGCAGAUUACCUCGAAGACUGUCUGUUGAUUUGCUUCCUGAGUGCAGUGCGAGUCUACACAUGUUUUGCGAUGCGAGUAAGGAUGGCUAUGCAGCAUGCGUCUUCUUAAGAACUGAAAAAGGAGGUAAUGUGUCCGUUCGUUUAAUAUCUGCCAGAUCAAGGAUAUGCCCUCCAGAAAAGAUAACAAUUCCCCGACUGGAACUGCUAUCAGCCUUAAUUGGUUCAAGACUAUUGAAAGAGGCCAGAGGAAAUUUGAAUUUAAAUUGUGAUGAAUUCUGUUGGAGUGACUCAGGAGUAGCACUGUGUUGGAUCAAGAGAGAAUUACCAUGGAAUACUUUCGUAGGGAACCGUGUAAAAGAAAUAAGACAAAAUUCUAAUGCAAACAAUUGGCACCACAUUCCAGGAACUGAGAACUGGGCAGAUUUGGCGUCCAGAGGCUGUAACGCACGCCACCUGCUUGAAGUCCGUUGGUGGGAAGGUCCGAGCUGGCUGCUUCAGCAACCCGACAUGUGGCCACGAUCUGCACUGGUAGUUGAUGAAAAAACUGUCAACAAAGAGCUGAAAAAGUCUGUGUGCCAGGUUAAUGUUUGCUCUGAUGUUAGUAUAAUAGACCAGCUGUCUAAUUAUUUUUCAAAAUACACAAAAAUUGUACGAAUGACAGCAUGGAUUUUCAGAUUUUCUCACAAUACACGUCAUAAGAAUAAAAGAAAUGGAGAACUUACCUUUGAAGAAUGUGAUGAAGCUGAAAAGAAAUUAAUAAGAAUUAUUCAACAAGAAAAUAAAGAACAGAUUGAGAAACAAUCUGGAAAAUCAAGGCAGAUAUAUUCUGAUACAGAUAUGAUAAUGAGAGUUAAAACAAAGCUUUUACUCACCGAUUUCCCAGAAUGCACAAAGUCACCGAUGAUUGUUCCUGCAAAGAAUGUUAUUAUCCGCAGAAUGGUUGAACAGCGUCAUCUGCAACUAUUGCAUACUGGGGCAAACACGAUGAUAACUGAUCUACGGAAACGAUUCUGGAUUCUUGGUAUCAGAUUAUUAGUGAAAUCGGUAAUAGAUAAAUGUAUUGUGUGCAGAAGACACAGAUCACAGCCGACACCAGCACCAGCAGCUCCGCUACCACUCGAUCGAGUUCAACUUACUGCUCCUUUCCAGGUGACAGGUGUUGAUUUAGCGGGACCUCUCUACUUACAGGAUGGUGAGAAAUGCUGGAUCGUGCUGUAUACAUGCGCAGUAUAUCGCGCAGUUCACCUUGAACUAACAAAAUCUUUAUCCACAGAGGCCUUUCUACGGACGUUUCGCCGAUUUAUCGCACGCCGCGGACGUUCGAGCAUAAUGAUAUCAGAUAAUGGUACUAAUUUCACAGGCACUAGGAAUCUUUUACGUGACAUCGAUUGGGACGAGGUACAACGCCAAUCGACAAUUCAACGCAUCAAAUGGAAGUUAAACGUUCCCACAGCUGCAUGGUGGGGCGGUUUCUUCGAACGCCUAAUUAAGGUAAUGAAAGAUUUAUUACGAAGAGUGCUAGGCACGUCAUCAGUCUCAUAUGAUGAAAUGCAGACUCUGUUAUGUGACUGCGAAGCCGUCAUCAAUGACCGGCCGCUCACAUAUGUAGAAGACGACAAGGCAAAUGCUUUAGAGCCCCUGAGGCCCUCUUGUUUUCUACAAACACUACCUCAAACAGAUGUGACUGAUCUGGACCAGAUAGAUAGUAAGAAUCUUAACAAAAGAUUAAGAUAUUUGCAGAAGCUGAGAUCAGACUUUCGUCAACGAUUCAAGAAUGAGUAUUUAACAACACUGGUACAAAGAGGUAAAGAUAAAAAUAGUACUCUAAAGGUUGGUGAUAUAGUCCUAAUAGAGACAGAAGAUAAGAGAAUAAAAUGGCCAUUAGGACUUGUUGUAGAAAUUAUUACAGGUAACGAUGGUGUUAAUAGAACUGCCAAGGUAAGAACAUCAGCUGGUUUAAAAACCCGCCCAUUCCAACGUUUGUAUAGAUUGGAGAUUUCCUCUUCAGAGGUGGAGGGUGACGAAAGCAACUAUGAGAACAAAAUCGGUAAGAGAUAUCGCAUAGUUAUUAAUCCUAGCAGUACAUCAAGUACCAUGUCCGGAGCAGAAGUUCAGCAACCUGCAUGUAAGAAAGAAACGACAGACAAGAUUUCACGUUCAGGUAGAAUUAUUAAAAUGCCAAAGUACCUAAUGUGA